AUGGUGAAGCAGCGUGUGCUACUUCUUGGCGCAACCGGCAACACCGGGGAGUCCAUCCUCAACGGAUUGCUCGAGCAUGGUGCUUAUGAAGUCCAAAUCCUCGUCAGGCCGUCAUCUGCGGAAAAGCCUGAGGUUAAGAAGAUUGCAGAGCGAGGCGUGAAAGUCGUCAUCGCAGACAUCAACGGCCCGACCGAAGAGCUCGUCUCCAUUCAAACGGGGGUUGACGUCACCAUCAGUGCUAUUGAUGCUAUGUCCCAGCUGGCCCAGAUGAAUCUGGCCACCGCUGCAAAGAAGGCGGGAGUGAAGCGUUUCGUGCCAUGUGCCUGGACCACUGUUGCUCCGGCUGGAGGGGUUAUGGUGUUGCGCGACCACAAAGAAGAAGUGUACAACCACAUCAAGAGGCUCUACCUUCCAUACACCGUCAUUGACGUCGGAUUUUGGCAUCAAAUAUCGUUCCCCACCUCGGUUCCAUCCCGCCGGUUCGACUAUGCUGUUCUCAUGCCCCAGAACACCGUUCAUGGUGAUGGUGAGCAACCAACCAUCAUCAGUGAUCUGCGAGACCUUGGCCGUUGGACAGCAAGGAUCAUCGAGGAUGAGCGCACUCUCAACAAAUACGUCUUUACGUGCAGCGAUGUGCUUAGCGAAAACCAGAUCUCCACCAUCGUGGAGGAGAUGGCGGGAGAAAAGCCCGAGAGAAAACAGGUUUCGUAUGAGGAGGUGGAAGCGGCGAAACAUGAGGCCAGGAUCAAAACCGAAAACGAGCCCGACAACUUCAUGAACCGGAUUAGGCGUUUCGAGGCGGACUACCACUAUAGCAAGUAUGUGCGCGGCGACAACCAACCCGAGUACGCCAAGUAUCUCGGCUAUUUGGACGCUCGAGAGCUGUACCCAGAUUUCCGCCCCAUCACCUUCCGUGAAUUUAUGAAGGAUCUGCUGGAUGGUAAGAUCCAGAAGCCACGCUUCAACUUCGCGUGA